GGCCGGGAGGGACCCCCCGUGCCAGCACGAUGAUCCCGGCAGCCGGCAGCUUUCCCCCGGACCAGGAGCCCCUGCUGGAGGAGCCCGUGGGGAGCAGGUACAGCCGGCAGAAGCCAAGGGACCGCUGGCAUGGGGCCUACAUUAUCUUUUUCCUCCUGGGCAUCGGGUCCCUCCUGCCCUGGAAUUUCUUCAUCACGGCCAAACACUACUGGAGGUACAAGCUGCAGAACUGCUCGGAUGAGCCGGGCCCGGUGGGGCAGGCGGCCUCAGACCUGCGGGACUACUUUGAGAGUUACAUCUCCAUUGCUUCCACUGUGCCCUCAGUGCUGUGCCUGAUUGGAAACUUCUUGCUUGUCAACAAGGUUCCUGCCAGUGUCAGGAUCCUGUCCUCUCUCUUUGUCAUGCUGGCUGUUUUCCUGGUGAUCACGGUGCUGGUGAAGGUGGACACCUCCGCCUGGACCACGCGCUUCUUCGCCCUCACCAUCGGCUGCGUGGCCGUGGUCAGCAGCGCCUCCACCGUCUUCUCCAGCAGCCUCUUCGGCCUGAGCAGCUGCUUCCCCAUGAGGAACCUGCAGGCUCUGAUCUCAGGCCAGGCCAUGGGUGGCACCAUCAGCGCCGUGGCCUCUCUGAUAGACCUGGCAGCGGCGGCCGAUGUCACCGACAGCGCCCUGGCCUAUUUCCUCACCGCCGACAUCUUCAUCGUCGUCUGCAUCAUGGUCUACCUGCUCCUGCCCAGGCUGGAGUACUCCAGGUAUUACCUGGGCAGCCAGAAGGAGAGCCCCUCUCUGGUCACGGUGCCCCCUGACAGCUCCAUGGAGGCCGAGGCAGAGCCCCGAGGCACCGUGAGUUCCUCCUUCCUCGAAAGAAGCGCUGGCAUCCCCCCACUCCGCCCCAUCCUGCAAAAGACCGCCCUCCUCGGCUUCUGCCUCUUCUACGUCUUCUUCAUCUCCAUCAUCAUCUUCCCCUCCCUCUCCUCCAACAUCGAGUCUGUCAGCAAAGCCUCGGGAAGCCCGUGGAGCAGCAAGUACUUCACACCGCUCACGUGUUUCCUCCUGUACAACUUUGCUGACUGGUGCGGGAGGCAGGUCACCGCCUGGAUCCAGGUGCCUGGCCCCAAGAGCAAACUGCUGCCUGCCCUCGUCCUCCUCAGAACCAUCUUCCUCCCUCUCUUCAUCCUCAGCAACUACCAGCCCCGGGCUCACAUCCAGACCGUGGUGUUCAACCGGGACAUCUACCCCGUGGUCUUCACGGCGCUGCUGGGGCUCAGCAACGGCUACCUGGGCACGCUGGUCAUGGUCUACGGCCCCAAAAUCGUGCCCAAAGAGCUGGCUGAGGCAGCAGGGGUGGUGAUGACCUUUUACCUCGUGCUGGGGCUGGCUCUGGGGUCUGCCUGUGCUGUUUUUGUGGUGCAUCUCGUGUAGAUGGGCAGAAGGAGGAGGAUGCCCUCAGUUUGUGGUGCUGCUGUUGGGUAUUUGGGGUUUGGGUUUUAUUUCCCAAAAGAGUCAGUUACCCUCUGGUUUUGAGGCAGGCUGUGCCUGUCUUGGGAGGGGGGAAGCUGCAUCCAGGGGGAUGCAGAGGGAAAGUCUCCCUUCUGGGAAGGGGAAUCCCCUGUGCUUGGGAAGGUUCUGUCAGACACUGUCACUCCCCAGUUCAAUGGAGCAGGGACCAAAACAGCUUUAUCCUCCCCAGGGAGCUCAGGGAAGCACCAGGGACACAGGGAUACCAUUCCUUACCCAUGUGCCAGUGAUUUUAAGCUGAGCCUGGGGCUUUUGGGGGCACCUUGGGUUUUGCUGCCGCACUGUUACGAGUUCAGCCCUUCAGGGGUUGGGUGGUCUUUGGGUGGGAUCACCCCUCACCGAGCUGUGAUGGUGAUGUUCAACUAAAAGGGAUUUGAGCCCUUCUCACAAUUUAGGGAGUGAGUAGCAGCUGCCCCAGGGAUCAGGGCACAGUUUUGCACAGAUUUCAUACAAUCAUUGCACGAAAAAAACCUAAAAAAAACCAUAUAUAUAUAAAAGGGAAACCACUCCACUUGGAAUUUUGCUUGCUUUAAUUUUUCCACGUAAAACUGAAUUGAGGGAUCAUCUACCCCUAGCUUGGUGCCACUAGUGUUGGGGACUGUCCCCUGGCCAGAGGAGCAUUUUUCCUGCUGUGACUGUGGUGUGACCCCCCCCAAGGAAAGUGAAAUGCUGAGUGGGCCUAACCUGAGGUUUUUAGGGUGUCUUCAGUCUGCAUUCAGAGAGCUCUGUGAGAGCCAGGGAGAGGCAUGAGGUUCCCAGCAGAAAUCGGGUUAAUUCAUGUAGACAGGCACCAUAUGGCCUCCAGAUGUUUUCAGAGGGGUGAGCUACUGUGACACCCAAAAUUAUGGCCCACCCAAAGAAGACUGGCUUUCAAAGUCAUUUAGACUCCCAUAUGCCAGCACAGCCUGGACUAAAUCCGAUUAUAGUAUUUAUUUUCUCAAAUUGGCUGGAUUUAUGGUCUAGAAGAGGUGAACUGAUAAGCAAGGGUGUAAUGGCAGAGCUUGGCAGUGCAGUGAUGCCUCAGAGAUGCUGUCUGUGGAAAUUAAUUCCUUUAAGACUGGGUUAGGAGCAGAUGCUCCUUGACUGGGAUGUUCUCUCAGCACCUCCUGCUUGCCCACGUUGUGGUGGAGCUGCUGGAUGUGGGGCUUUGCUGGGAGAACAGCAGGAUGCCUGCAGCAGUUGGUCAAAAAGGCCAACCUAACUUGGUGCUGGCAACCAAAAAGUCCCUUUGUGGCCUUCAGUGGGCCUGUCUUCCACCUGUGCCUUUCCCCCCAGUCCAAGGAAUGAUGAGAUUUGGCUUGGGUUUUUUACUGCUUUGCAUCUCUGCUCUUCUUCUCUGUGUUACAGACAAAAUUCCUCUGGAGGGAGAACUCAAUUAUCUGGUACUGUUGCUAAUAAAGAUAA